GCCAAAGUUGGGUUGUUCCAGCUAGUCAUAUUGACUUUUGCUCCACAGGGAUUUAGAUACAAGUUGCACUCCCAUACCCCGGAUGUGAUUAUUGUGUUUGUGUCGGCAGAGAAGGAGAUGCCUCUGCCCGUACAGGUCUUUAACUUUCAGGACAGCGCAGUGUCAGAGCUGGAGGUUUCUGCAGGGGCAGAACAAGCUCAGGCUCAGGACAGCGAAAGAGACAGGGCCAUGGCCAGAGACAGGGACAAGAGUAGGGCUAGCUUGGCCCAGACCUCGGCCUCAGAGCUUCCCUGUACCUCCCAUAGCAGCAGCAGACCCAAUCAGCUGUCACCGUUCACUGCAGGGGACUAUGUCCUCAGCUCCAGCCUCUCAGCAUGCUCCCUGCUCCCAGAGGGGGCUGUUGAGCCGAUGCAGAUCGAUGCUGACCCCCAGGAAGACCAGCAGAAUGCUCCAGACACCAACUAUGUGGUGGAAAACCCCACACUGGACCUGGAGCAGUUUGCGUCCAGCUACAGCGGUCUGAUGCGUAUUGAGAGACUGCAGUUCAUAGCACAACAUUGUCCCCAGCUCCGUGCCGAGGCCCUGAAGAUGGCCCUGUCCUUCGUCCAGAGGACCUUCAACGUAGACGUGUACGAGGAGAUCCACCGCAGACUCACCGACGCCAAGCGACAGGCGCAGGGUGUCCCUGACGCGGUGCCUGAUGGGCCGGCGGAGGCCCCUCUCCUGGACACAGCCUGGGCAGAGAGCACCAGGAAAAAGGCCCUUCUCAAACUGGAGAAGCUGGACACUGACCUCAAGAACUACAAGGGAAACUCCAUCAAAGAGAGCAUCAGGCGGGGUCAUGAUGACCUUGGGGACCACUAUUUAGACUGUGGAGAUCUCAGCAACGCCCUGAAGUGUUACAGCCGAGCCCGAGACUACUGCACUAGUGCCAAGCAUGUCAUCAACAUGUGUCUGAACGUCAUCAAGGUUAGCGUUUACCUCCAGAACUGGUCCCAUGUACUUAGCUACGUCAGCAAGGCAGAAUCCACUCCAGAGAUAGCUGAGCAACGAGGAGAGAGAGACAGUCAGAACCAAUCUGUCCUCACCAAACUAAAAUGUGCUGCGGGUUUGGCAGAGCUGGCCUCUAGAAAGUACAAACCGGCCGCUAAGUGCUUCCUCCAGGCUUCAUUUGACCACUGCGACUUCCCAGAGCUCCUGUCCCCCAGUAAUGUAGCGGUGUAUGGAGGGAUGUGUGCCCUGGCCACCUUUGACAGACAGGAACUACAGAAGAACAUCAUCUCAAGCAGCUCCUUUAAGUUGUUUUUAGAGUUGGAGCCCCAGGUGCGUGACAUAAUCUUCAAGUUUUACGAAUCAAAGUACGCAUCCUGUCUGAAACUACUGGAUGAGAUGAAGGAUAACCUUCUAUUGGACCUGUACCUGGCCCCCCACGUUAGAACACUGUACACACAGAUCAGAAACAGAGCCCUUAUACAGUACUUCAGCCCGUAUGUGUCUGCAGACAUGACUAAGAUGUCCCAGUCCUUCAACACCACAGUGUUAUCUCUGGAGGAUGAACUGACCCAGCUCAUACUGGAGGGACUGAUCAACGCACGUAUAGACUCUCACAGCAAGAUCCUGUAUGCGAGGGACGUGGACCAGAGGGGCCAUACGUUUGAGAAGUCUGUCCACAUGGGCAAGGAGUUCCAGAGACGAGCCAAAGCCACGAUCCUCAGAGCUGCUGUGCUGCGCAACCAGAUACACGUCAAGUCCCCUCCUAGAGAAGGCAACCUGGGGGACCUAUCAACAGCCAACAGCCAAACAACCAGGAUGAGUAGCACCAUGUGACAGGGACGUCCCAUCAUGACACCAUCGCUGGCUGUGUCUGGCACUCUGCUCCCUAUAUAGUGCACUACCCUAUGGGACCCUGGUCAAAAGUAGGGCGCUAUGUAGGGAAUAGGGUGCCAUUUGGUACACAGACGAUGCAUGGUGCCUCUGAAUGAACAGAGGGAGUGUGGGGUGCCUGUCCACAACAGGCCUCAGGUAGUGCCCUUCUUUUGGCCAAGUCAAAGCUACAACUGCUAAGCUGGAGUCAGGCCAAAAGUGGGGCACA